GUUUUUAUAAUUAAUGUUUGUAAAUAACUGGUAAUUGGUUAUAUCGAGAUAUUCAACUUAUCUUAAAAAGCUUCACAUUUCUACUUUGAUUUUCAUAAUAAUUUCUUCUACAUUAACAGAGCAUUCAAUUUAUUUUGAGCAAUGAAUAAUCCAGCUGCAGAUCCAGUACCUGUGCAAGAUGUAGAAGGUGAUGGAAGAUGGUUAAGUAUGCAUAAUCGUUUUAUAAGAAAAGGGAAAAAAAUGUCAGCAAAUUGCAAUUUGGUAUUCAUUGGUGAUUCCAUUAUACAAAGAAUGCAGGAUAAAGAGAUUUGGACAAAACUUUUUGAGCCCCUGGGUUCUUUGAACUUUGGAAUUGGAGGUGAUUGCACUCAGCAUGUCUUGUGGAGGAUUCAAAAUGGUGAACUUGAGAACAUAUCACCUAAAGUUGUAGUUCUACUUGUUGGCACAAAUAAUGUUUCGAAAAUGCCAUCACAUACUGCUGCUAAUAUAGGGGAAGCAAUUGAAUCUAUUGUGUGGUACAUCAAUGGCAUCAAUUCAACUAUUAAAGUAUUAGUAUUGGGCAUAUUACCACGAGGUGAAAAUCCAAAUCAACUUCGAACAAAAAUUAUGGACAUAAACAGUCUACUAGAAUCGUCCAUCAAAAUUAUACCGAACGCGACAUUUUUAAAUGCCGAUCCUGGCUUCGUUGAUAGCGAAGGCAAAAUAUCAGAAAAUGACAUGUUGGAUUACUUACAUUUAACGCGAGCCGCAUAUGAAAAACUCUGUACAAAAAUUUACGAAGCUCUUAUUAGAUUAUUGAAAUAUUCAUAAUGACGACCAGAAACUAUGGAUUGUAAAUUUUAUUGUCUUUUAAAGUUUUAAAUAGAGGUAGUGAGCUUUA